AUUGCAUUCAAAUCAGGACAGGAAUUCUAUGUGACGUGGAAGUCUAUCUUGUUUACCAGAGUCACCUUUGGGGCCUUUAACGAGUAUCAGAAAUCAACAUCCGGAGGAAAACAGAAGGGAAAGAUCACAGUGCUAGCUUCCAUCUGUCUUAACCCUGACUAUGGGGAUGUGCACCUCGUGUUUACAAGGUUAUAGUGAUGAUCUAAAUGAACCCUCUCCAGAAACAAAAAGGAAACGUCAGGCAGAAGCAGCUGAGAAGAGGAUUAAAAUGGAUGAAAGUAGGGGAAUAAGAGACCCAGAGGCUGUGAAAAGAAAAAGACAAAGGCAGCAAGAAACUGAAGAAAAGUUAAACAAAAUGCCAGAUAAUGCCCAAGGUCUGAAGUGGCAUGUAGGAUGAAGUGACAUACAGAUCCAAGUUUUUGUGGAUCCAAAACAACAGUUCAUGUGGAUAUGAGAGAAGUUGAGCUGUAUGACAGACACUUGUUUACAAACUGCAUGACAUCAUGCAUUUAACGGUUGUGUAAAUUUUUAUCAAUCUGUACAGUGUAAAUGUCAUAAUGUGGUGCCAGUGUGCAAUAAUACGCACUCUUUGCUUAAGUCCAAUAACUUUCUAACAGAUUUAUUGUAACUACAUAUUACAAAAUAUGGAUAAGCAACAAAUUUGUGGGUGCUGAGAUUUGUGUUGUUUAAAUUUUGUACCUUAUAUUUCAAAGCUUUGUCAGCAGUUUUGCGUGUUUUUAUUCCAAAGUCAGUGCUUAUUAUAUGGAAUGAGAUACUUAGUACUCUUUUUAUUUUUUUUGGCAGAUCUUUCAGUUGAUAGUGGUAAUAGAAAUUUUCCAGAUUUUCAUGUAGUUACCUUAUGUAAAAAACACCAAUUAAUCUAAUUGCUAAAUGGCCAAGCAUACAAAGUUAUUUCUGUGCAUAGGGCCAUUGGCUGAGGAAUUUGGGCUAGGACAAAUCCCUCCUUCAGUGAUUUUUUCAAAAUGUCAUUUUUAUUGUUAAUGGUUUAGCCUUUUCCUUUCUCCCAGACUAUCAAGAGUCUACUUUUGGAUUAUCGUUAGCCAACAUCUAGAGGAGUACUGCAGUGAUAGGAAUACUAACUGUGUUUACAUUGUGGGCCUUCAACAGCCCUCCUCCCCCAUCUCAUCCAUUUUUCACUGCCUACAGCUCUGGGGUAUUCACCCAAGUUAAAAAGAAUAAGUCAAAAAAUUUUUAAUUGCUUUUUAUUUUCUUGAAAAGUUCUAGAGUAAUAUCUUUCAUCUUACUGUAAACAAACAGUACAUGGAUUGUUAUUUUUCUACUUCAAUAAAGUUAUAUUAUACUA